GAGGAAAGUCAGUGAAUCUCGAGCGGGUGCAGCUGUUGCUCAUGAAACUCAUAAUACAACUGUUGCGAGAUGUAUGCCCGCUACUUACUUGACUUGUUAUUCUGUUACGAGUUCACUUACUUUGACUUCAACAUAUUUAGCAGUACUAUUUGCGAAAAAAAAUAAAUUGCAAAAUAUGCUGAGCCAUAGAGAUCCACAUUGUGAAUGGUUUCGGCAACCAGUUGGUUCGGGCAGUCGUCAGUACAAUAAUGGCUAUCUCCGCGGAAAUUAUAACAACUACGGCGGACAGCGUCCACGUAACAACCAAAGUGUCGGAGUUCCUCGUCCUCGCGAAAAACUGAAGUUUGACGGAGAUUACGAUUUUGAGAAGGCCAACGAGCAGUUCCAGGAACAAUUCUCUGAUAUGUUCAAAGAUAAACUGAAGGUAGAUGGAGAGAAAAGCGAAGAAGAGCAAGGAGAGAAGCCGGCUGAAGAUACUUAUUACGACAAGAAAAGUUCUUUCUUCGACCGCAUCAGUUGCGAAGCCUUGGAAAAAGCUGAAGGGAAGAGUGGACGUCCGGAUUGGAAAAAGGAAAGGGAAACAAACCAAGAAACGUUUGGUCAUUCUGCUGUACGCUCCUUGAAUUAUCGUCGGGGAUUCGGACAACGGGCACGUGGAGGACGUGGCUAUGGAAGACCCGGUGAUGGACGUUACAUCAAUAAUUUUAAUCGAGGUUAUAACAACUAUCGCGGUGGGUAUGGUAACGGCAAUGCGAAUCAUCGCGGACGAGGUUUCAACAGAGGUGGAUAUCAACAGAAUCAACAGCAGUAAAA